CAAUCAACGAUGACCAGAACACGAUGAGCAGUACCACGAAAGCACCGCUGGCGGUGCAGCCCAACAAGCCCAUCGAAAUCCUACCAUCUCCAUCGUCCCAACUCUUCUCCAACCUCCAUCCCAUCCUCCUCCUGGGAACGCUGCUGUUUAACUUCAAGACGCUCGUCAACGACCCCGUAAACACGCUGCUCGGACUCGCGCCAACCAUCGCACUCCUUCAAGCGUUUUACUGCAUACUAUGUCUUCCGCCACCAGGGUCACAAGCCAAAGGAUCCGCCAAAAAGAAAGGCGCCAAAGCGAGCUCUGAUCUCGCCGGCCGAAUUGUCCCCACCUUCCUCUCCCUCCUCCUCACCCUCUUCCUCUCCGCGCCCGCCCUCUACAUCCUCCUCAUCCUCUUCGGCGCCCCGCUCACCACCCACCAACUCCACACCAUCCUUCUCGCUCUGCACCUCGCCCUCCUCACCACGCCCCACCUCUACUACGCCCACGGCCUGGUGAAAGAAACAUGGUUCCAGAUUGCGAGUCUGCAGAUUCCCGUGGACGAGGUGUUUGGCAUGACGCUGGGGGCUUGUGUGGGGGCGUGGGUGGGGGCUAUCCCCAUCCCGCUGGACUGGGAUCGCGAGUGGCAGAAGUGGCCGGUGACGAUUGUGGGGGGCAUGUAUGCUGGGGCUGUGGUGGGGAAGUUGGCUGGGGCGUGGGUGUUUAGGGGGUGGAGGGUGAAGAUAUCGUGAGGGAGGUGAUGUUUUGGACGGACAGAUGCUAAGCGGAUUUGUCCGUGUUCUACGGCAUCGACCUCUUUGCAAAGGCACAUGGCUCCUGCCCUUCACUUUGUGCCCUACCUGCAACUCGCAGCGUGCCCACGUUCUGCCUCGACAUGGUCGCCAAUGCCGGGUAUUGGGUUCGUCCUAGCGCAUGGGAGGCACGGCAGCUUGGUGGCCAAGUACAGAGAUCUCGACGGUGUCAUGCAAAGUAGCAUACGGAUUUACAGAUAGAUGGUCAAACGGGUGUCUGUACUCGCUUCUACACGAGUCGCGUGAGCUCGGGCAGAUUUGGUGGUGGUUGGUUGUCGAUGGCCCCACCUUCAAGCAGGAAGCACGCAAUCGCAGUGCAUCACACGCACGGCUGCAGUCUAACGAGAU